UCUGGUGUGUGGAAACCGGUCAGACACCGAGUGCUGUCCAGAUGGUUUCACCUGUGUGAAAGCAGGAAGUAACCCAAACUUCGGAUACACCAGCUACGACUCGUUUUUCUGGUCUCUGAUGUCACUUUUCAGACUCAUGAUGCAUGACUUCUGGGAAGGCCUGAUGCAGUUGACGUUGCGAACUGCAGGAAAAUCCUAUCUGAUCGUCUUUCUGUUCGUCUUCUUCCCGGGUUGUUUCUUCCUGCUCAGUCUCAUUUUGGCAGUGGUUGUUGUGACACGAGCGGAGCAAGAAGAGACUCGAGAUGCCGAGGCCAUACAAAGAGAAGAAGAGUUCGGACGGAUUGUGGAGGUGCUGAAGAGGAGAGAGGAGGAGGAGGUCAGUAAGGACUCAUUGCUUCCACAGGAAUUAGGAGGGCAAUGAGCAGCCAAAUACUAAUCAAGUCUAAUCAGAUUUAGUUCAUUGGUUGGUCAUCAGUAAGUGUGUGCACCUCUUUAACAGCAGAUUUUGUCAGUUUCCUUGUCGAGCAUCCAGGUGUGUGCUAACACAAUACCACCUUCUGUCCAGGACUGGGUGCUGCACCUUCAAAAAAACAAAAGAAGGAAUCAAUGAUCCACACACGGGAAUAAAGUUGCUUCUUAUUUGCUGAACCUUGUGUCACAUGUUACAGGUGCAACUUUUUUACGUCUA